AUGACAGAGCAAAAAAAGUUAAUGGAUAUGGUUGCAACUUCUAGUCACCAUAAAGCUCACAAAAAUCAAACAAUCAUAAGCCAAACACAAAUGAUUUUGGGUCUGAGUUCAACAAAUGAAUAUAGUAAUGAAAACUUACAAAAAAUUGAAAAAAAGUUGGCAGAAGUUUUAGCAAUCAUGAAUGAAGGAGGACAAACUCACUUAAAAACAGUUGAAGAAGUCAAUGUUCAAAGGAAAAUAGAUCCACAGCUUCGGCUUUAUUCAACAAAAAAGAAAUCCAGCAAAACAUCAAUAGCAAAGCCUUCUGUAAAUGAAGUAAGUGCAAUUAUUUCUGGACUUAAAGAUGACAAUAAUGAGACUAUAAAUGUUCAUAAUGUAUUUGAUCAUUCAUAUUCUUAA